AGGGCGCGGCCGCGGGCAUUCUAGCUGCUGGUCUCACCGGGUGCUGUCGGCUUGUCAGUUUUGGGUCGAAAUGUCCUACGUCCCUGGCCAGCCUGUCACCGCCGUAGUGCAAAGAGUUGAAAUUCAUAAAUUGCGUCAAGGUGAGAAUUUAAUCCUGGGCUUCAGUAUUGGAGGUGGAAUUGACCAGGACCCUUCCCAGAAUCCCUUCUCGGAAGAUAAAACAGACAAGGGUAUUUACGUCACACGAGUGUCUGAAGGAGGUCCUGCUGAAAUUGCCGGGCUGCAGAUUGGAGACAAGAUCAUGCAGGUGAAUGGCUGGGAUAUGACCAUGGUCACUCAUGACCAAGCUCGGAAGCGGCUCACCAAGCGCUCGGAGGAGGUGGUGCGUCUGCUAGUGACUCGGCAGUCUCUGCAGAAGGCUGUACAGCAGUCCAUGCUGUCUUAGCAGUCGGCCAGUCUUGACGUGUGCCUGCCAACCUUUUUGUACAGUGACAACACAUCCACGCUCUGUUGUAUUUCUUUCUGGCUUCUGCUGUGUGCUGGGUCCCAGCUCUGAGGGUUAAUGACUGAUCCCAAAGGUCCAAGCCAACCUUUCUAUCCCUCACCCCCCAGUCAGAGGCCACGGGACCAGUGCUCUCUCUUGGAUACUGAGGAUUGGAAGUAAGGGCCUAGAGUAGUAUCCAGUCUUCAGUAACCAUAGUCUCCAUCCGAGACCAGCUCCUUGACCACAGCAGGGGCUGAGCAGUCAGGAAACACCUCUGAGAGCUGCCAAAGCUUGAAAAUGCCAGGCUGGGCCAUUUCCCCUAUUUGCUCUGGUUGACGGGCUUGGCCCUGCCCUGUGUCAUCUCCAUCUCCUCAGUGCCUCUCCCCAUAAUUCCCCUAUCAUGGUGCCCAGCCUGGGGCUGGACCCACAUAUGCCAGAGACAGCAUGAAGGCCACCUGGAUGGAAGAGGGCAGGCUCCCACUACCUUCAUUCCCCUAAUGGGUGCUGGCCUCCCCAGGGUCUACCUGCUUACAUGAUUUAUACAAGUUUCGAGACUGACAUUUCAGGGCAGCUCUCAGAAUUGCCAUUUUUCUCUACACCUGUGGAUUUAGCUUUUGUAUUUUUUAAGUCUCAACUUUGAUACAAAGUGUUUUUAUCUUACUGUUUGGAAAAGCCAAUUCUCCUUUUGAAUUUAGCUUACUAAUUCACACACCUGGAAGCAGCAACUUGUAGCAUGUGACCAAGCCAGUUGGUUACUAUGGAAAUGGGAAAGUAUGAUGCUAUCCCAUGCUCAACACUUGUACCCAAUAAACAAAGCUGGAAUUCA